AUGUAUCAAAACUCUGGUAAAGGAACUGAAAAGGUAAAUGAACCAACCAAUGAUGGAAAAGAAGUCGAAAGCGGAGAGGCAAAAGAUAAAGAACCACCUUAUGUGCCUCUGCCACCAUACAAACCACCUAUACCUUAUCCCCAAAGACUUGUUAAGUCCAAAAAUGAAGGACAAUUCAAGAAAUUCGUAGAACUUUUGAAGAAACUUAAUAUCAUUAUACCAUUCAGAGAAGCCAUUACGAAAAUGCCUUCAUAUGCUAAAUUCCUUAAAGAUAUUCUAUCCAACAAGAAAAAGAUUGAGGAUGACGAAACCGUUAUGCUUACUGCCGAGUGUAGCGCUAUUAUUCAAAACAACAUGCCUCCUAAACUGAGAGCCCCUAGUAGCUUUUCCAUACCAUGCGUAAUCAGAAAGUUUAUCAUACACAAAGCUCUAUGCGAUUUAGGAGCCAGUGAGGAUUCCCACAUCCCUAUUAUUUUAGGAAGACCCUUUUUAGCCACAACCGGAGCCAUCAUAGAUAUGAAGAAAGGUAGGCUAACAUUCGAAGUCGGAGAAGAAAAUGUUGAAUUUCUCUUAGCUAAAUUCCUACAAGUACCAGCUUUAGACGACUCAUGUUGUUUCUUAGAUGUCAUAGACGAAUGUGUGAAAUAUAUGGAGAAGGAACCAUUUAAGUAUAAUGAAGUGCUGGAGAUUCCAACAACUCCUAAUUCGAAGACGAUAAUUGGCGUGAGCCAUACGUAG